GAGGCAUGUACAUCAUGAAAUCGAUCGGCUCACCCUCAGGCGUCCCAGUAGAUGGCAGACGGCAGCCCCGCCACAGCACAGCACCACAGCACAUGUGGCAGUCUAUGGGUAUGUGUGUUAGCGCAGUGCAGAGCAGUCACUACUUGACUAAGCAACACACAGCGGAACAGCACCCACAUGCCAGCUGUGUCGCGGAACAACACUCCUAGCACACACACACACACACACACACAUUUCGUUUGGCCAGGGCUCACUGGUGGCCAUCCGAUCACGGAGCUAACGGGACAGACGACACGUACACAGCACUUACAUGUACUCAUGUUGUCAGAGACACACACGUUGAACACGUACACUUACAGACAACUUACAGACAGAUGCACACGCACUUACACACACACAUCGCUCCUACACACACACAUCGCUCCUGUUCCGCCGCACCAACAACACUGGUCGAGUGCUUCUACAAGAGCCCCAACGUGCAGAUCACCAUCGCUACCACCACCCCGCCCCACCACAAUCCCCCCCCACACACCGCUGCGCUCUCAGUCGGAUCGGGUGGUGUUGACGUUAGCGGUGUUGCCGUAGAGGUUGGGGGGGUUGUCUCGCUGGGUGUUGGUGUCGGCUCGGGCUCGGAAGUGGAUGUUCUCGUCGGCUCCGAUGUCGGUGUCGGCUCGGGGGUUGUUGUUGUCGGCUGUGGGGGGGGGGCUUGUGGUCGGCUGAGGCGGAGUAGGAGUGCUGCGCGGCUCGGCGAUCUCUCCGCGCACUUGCAAGAUUUCUAUAUCAUCAGCCAUGAAAACCUCCGACCCGCCCAGCGGAACGGCUCGAUCGCCCUGAUUCCCUGGAUUCUCGUAGCCCGGAGGCAGCCAAUUCCACUCAGUCAGCUGACUGCAGUUGCGGAUGUCGGCAGCAGGGCGACUGCAUGUGCCGUCGCAGUUACCGUCGGCCAGGAAGAACUCACCAUAGGAAGAACUCACCAUAGACAUCCUUGCAGCUGUAUCUCGGCCACCCCACCGCCAAUCACGCCGCACAGUCCCCCGCCUUCCCGCCACAUCGCAUGUCACCCUCUGAGGUAUGUCGAUCCUGGUCGGAUUCUUGUAGCGUCCCGAUAGUGAGAACCAAAACACCUCACACUUGUACUUGUGGCUCUCUACCGCAUUGGCGGGCGGCCGGAUGCCUUCGCUGAUGUAGACACCGAACAGAUACGGGCCUUCGCGGAUGACUAUCAUCAAG